CCACAUUCCCUCAUGCACUGAGUACGUAUUGCGCCGAGAACAAUGUCGCCAUCCAAGACACGUGCUGAGCGUGUUGAAACCGACGUCUUACUGGCCAUUAAGCCGGAACACUUGGCAAACAUCAUUAGCCGAGAGAAGAACCAUGAGUAUCGCAAGUAUCGUCUAAAAGACGGUGUCUCGCGCCUCUGGCUUUACGAAACUGGCAGUGGAGGCGGUCGCUCAUCAAUCACACACAUCGCAGUGAUUCCAUCAAACACCCGCCAUGAACCAGGUUCUGUACCCACCGAGCCUUUUGGUAUUGGCAAUGAAGACUUUAACGCUGGACGCAAGGACUCCAAGUAUGGAUAUCCGAUCCUGGAGCUUUACGAACUUGUGAAUCCAGUUACUCUCAACGAAAUGAAGACUCGAUGGGGCAUGGGUGGUGCGCCUAUGGGAUGGCAGUAUGUGACAUCGGAUCUCUGGGAGGAUAGAUGGGGCGAGGAUGAGCAGGGAGGCGAGAAGGUGAAGAAAUUGUUUUGAAAGAUAUCCUUGCUUACUUGGCGCUUGGUGUUGAUACCAUGAACUCUAAUGCUAGUUCUACACUCUGAGAAUUUUGACACUCAUUCUAUCCAUUUGUUCUGCUUC